GAAAGAGCAGAAACACAAACAGUAUCUCAUUCGCUCCAGACCGCCAGACCGCUUUUGUUCCUCUCACAUGCACGACAAUGAUGGAUACUUGCAGGGGAUUCGAUUCCCACAUGACAUAUGUAGCAUCAAAUCUGCUCCAUCCACAUGCCGUGGAUCUGGACAACAACUUCUCCAUUCCAUUCUAUUCAUCGCCCGAGGGUCAUCCUCGUCCUCAUCCCAUCCUCUUUCUCCUGUUCCUCAUCCCAAGCAUCAAGGUAAUUGUUGCUGUCAUCAUCAUUGUUGAUCGGAAGUGAAGCGGUGGAUAGGCGCUGGGGUGUGGGGUGUGUGAAGGAAUCGAUGCGCAAGGCAAAGCUGCCAAGCCCCAACACGUCACCGCGCAUCAUUUUUGUGAAGGCUAAGCCUUCUCGAAGGCGUUGCCGAGCUCAUCACUUUGCAAAGGCAAAGGAGCUUUUUAAGGGCACCCCUGAGCAGCCGCCGAAGGCGGAGGAGCCAAAUGGUGACAGUCCAGCGCCAGAUAAUGAGCCAGAAGACUUGAAGCAUACACUCCUUUUCUGGAAGGAGUACAACUCCAUGGCAAAACGAGAGAAAGGGCAACCGGCCUGGCACGAGGAGCCCACUUCCUUUGUUCUGCCGCACUUUCCAGUCUCCAAUGUAACCUGGGACACAGAGGCUGCGCGGCGGAGGAAAGCUUUGCAGCAACGUGCAAACGCCAGCGAGGCGGCUGCAGCAUUGCAUUUGGAGGUGCAGUUGCAGUGCAAGGAACGGCUACGGCUCAUGAUUCGAACUGGGCAAGUGGAGAAGGUCAAGAAGGAGAUGAAAGCCUCGCUGCGUCUUACCGCUGAGAGCAGGCAGUCAGGUGAGGCUGAGGAAGUGGCAAAAUUCGGGCCCACCAAAGAGGAGGCCUUGAGCUUGAAGCAGCAAGGUGACACUCAAGAUGCCCUGAAGAUGAUGAGCCGCCAUCGUAAUGAGCUUCUGAAGGCUAGGCGAACUUUGGAGCAAGCCCUCGACAGGCGCCGGGAUUCCCAAACGCGCUUAGAGCGACUUCAACAAGUCAAGGAAUUGCUGGGAACAGAUGGAGGCUUGCUCAAGUCCAGUUCUGGUGAGAUCCCUGCGAUUAGUUGAAAAGUGCCACGUUGCUCGACUGGACAAAUAGAGUGAGUCUUGUUGACUCGUUUGCUGUAAGAGGAAUAUACAGCUUUCCAAGAGUUGAAUAGAUGUGAUGCUUUAUGGUCUGCUUAGCUGGCUCAAUCAUUGCAUCCAUGUCG